GGAACUCGAGAGAUAUGUCAACAAAUGGGACCCUACUAAUGCUGCAUGGCUGACUCGUGGACUACCGGCCAUUUUCAGACCUCUAUAAAACAUCCUCAGUCCCUCUCAAAGGUGCAUAGAAUAGCAGGCUUUCCAACCUCAAACAAGGAGAUGUCGUCGCAUCAUAAUUGCUGCAACAAGCAGAAAGUGAAGAGGGGGCUGUGGUCACCGGAGGAAGAUGAGAAACUCAUCAACUACAUUACUGCUCAUGGCCAUGGCUGUUGGAGCGCGGUUCCAAGACUUGCUGGUUUGCAAAGAUGUGGCAAGAGUUGCAGACUGAGGUGGAUAAACUACCUGAGGCCCGAUCUGAAGAGAGGGAAUUUCAGUCCCCAAGAAGCUGCUCUGAUCGUUGAGCUCCACAGAAUUCUAGGAAAUAGGUGGGCUCAGAUAGCAAAGCAUCUCCCUGGAAGAACAGACAAUGAAAUCAAGAACUUCUGGAACUCGAGCAUCAAGAAAAAGCUCGUCGCUCAGCACCACCUUUCUUCUGACCCAACAACUGCAACAUUCCCUCAAAACUCCAUCGGCAAUGGCAGCACCUCUUCUCAAAACUUAUACUUGAUGAAUCAAACCAAUAAUCUCAUGAUCCCAAAUCCCCAAAUGGAUCAUAUGAUGUUCCCAAAUCCCCAAAUGGACCAAAUUUACAACAUCCCUCCACCCCCACCAGUACCGAUACCUAUGCCUCUUCAAGGGUUUGAUCAGGUGAUGAAUUACAGUGUAAAUUUACCCCACAAUAUUCCACCUCCCAUGCCAAUGGAUCCAUCUGUUUCUGAUCUGCCCCCUUGGCCUAUCUCAUGCAAUCCAGCUCCAAUUCUUGAUCAAAACCAGCACCAAACUGAUCCUCUCCUCAAACUAGAUGACCCCUUUAUGUUCUCCUUCGAGAACCCCAUCCCAAGCUUCCUCAACCCCAAGCCUGAAUUCCAAGCUUAUGAUCAAGAUUCAGCCAUGCUUGAUGCUUUGAUGCCGGAGCUCGGUGAAAUGGUUAAGGUGCUUGAAUAUGGAAUGCUGCCCUCUUCACCCGCCUUCCAAGAACAACUUCUUGAUCCAACUGCUGGAUUCUCAGGCUUCAUUUCUGCGCUCGGACCCCAGUAUCCAAAUAAUAUUAACAAUAUUUCAUCCCUCAUGGCAUCAUUUGCACCACCGGGUCCACCCUCCAGCUCCGCCGGCCCCUUCUUGCCACCAUUCCCAGGCCGCGGCCCUUUUCUUGGGAGCAUCUAGUCUUCCUUCAACUUGGGUUCCUCAGCCAUGAUUUAGGAGUUAUUUUCUUUGUGUGCUGCUAUGUUUUAGUCUGUUUAAUUAGGAGUGCAUGUGUGUUUUUAGGGUGCAGUUUAAGGUAUGAUGCCAGUUCAGUGUCUAUGUGAAGAAAACCUGAAAGUUUCCAUGUUUGUAUUUUCAGUAGAUCUUUCAUGAAUGGGGAUGUGUAUGUAAGUCUGUGUUUUCA